AUGAGUCGAAGAAUGGGUGAAGGUGCAUAUGGUCCUGCUGCUGGGCCAAGCAGGGUUGGAGCUAGAGAGGCGAGUGGGGGAGUGGGGGCAGGGGGGGCAGGGGAGGGACGAGGGGGAGGGGUCGGGGAGCAAGGGGGAGCAAGAUUGGGGAGAGGAAGUGGGCUGGGAGGAGCCGGGGCAGCAGGUUUGGAUGAGAGCAAGAAGAGGAAGCUGGGAGGGGGCAGUGGCAUGGCAGGUGGCAGUGGUGUGCCUGAGAGGGGUGGGACAGGUGGCAGUAGCACACAUGUGAGGGUGAAGGAAGAACCUGGGGAGCAUGUGGGAGCAGUAGUGGGGGUAGAGAGACAUGAUAGGACAGGCAGGGAGCAUGGCGAGAGGAGACACGAGGGACUGGAGCGUGAGCGAUCAGGGCUAGGAGUGGAGCGACGGGGAGCAGGGCAUGCAAAUCGGGGAGAAGAGCGGCCAGAUAGCGGACUAAGAAGAGGCGGGGAAAGACACGAUAAUGCAGGAACUGGCGCAGGAGUGGAGAGGAGGGAUAGCAGGGUAGGGGUCAGUGGCGGCGCGAUGGCGGAGAAUGAGUGGCUAUCGGGUUAUUUGGACGCGAUUCUAGAGCGCGGAGGCGCGCCGAUGGACACUGACAAGAAGGAACGGCUGGAUCUAUCGGAGAUCAAGGGUCAGAGCGGCACAGCCGUCCGAUACUUUGUGAAUGAGAUCAAGGAUUCGAGCGAGGAGGAAUUGCAUCGCACGUGGAUGAAGCCAGUAUUCUUUUAUGCCCCCCAAUCAUCUCCCUUUUACACCAGCCAGUAUCCCAAACCCCCCCACCUCCAAACCUUCCCAAAUUCUCCCCCAACAAUGCCCGAAAUCUAUAACGAUCUCUGCCUUCCAUGGCGCUUCUUGCCUCAGUUGGAGCAGGAAGCUUCGCGGAUAGAGGAGGAGCAGCAGCAGCACGACAAGGAGGAGGCUGAGCUGGACAUAGAGGAGGAAGAGGACACCCCCGACUCCACCCUCCCGGACUCCCUCUCUCUGCUUCAUGAGGACAGAGCCAACACCGAUUCGUAUUCCCCUCACUCUCUCCAAGAACAUGUCCUUCUCAAAUUCCUUUUCCUCCGGGACCUUCUGCCGCCCGUGCAGUUGGAGCAGGAAGCGUCGCGGAUCAAGGAGCAGCAGCAGCACGACAAGGAGGAGGCUGAGCUAGACAUAGAGGAGGAGGACGGCCCUGAUGACGACGCCCUCCCGGACGCUUUAUCCGGUGCUGACGUGGCUGCUGACGUGGACAAGGCCGGGGAUGACCUGCUGGAUUCCAGUGCCAACGUGGCAGCAGCUCAGGCUGCGGCAGCAAAGGCUGCAGCGGAGAAGGAGUCCCGGGGGAGGAGGGAGAACCAGCAGCAGGGGGAGAGGCAGAGGGAGGUGCCUGCUGGUGCAGGGUUGACUGCUGAGGCGCCUGGGAGGGACCCGCUUGAGCAUGGCACGGAGAAGAGGCUCUAUAUUGUCAUGAUCAGCAUCCAUGGGUUGGUGCGUGGAGAGAACAUGGAGCUGGGCCGAGACUCGGACACGGGCGGCCAGGUGAAAUACGUGGUGGAGAUCGCGAGAGCCCUGGCGUCCAUGCCUCAAGUGUACCGUGUGGAUCUGCUCACACGCCAGAUCGUUGCUCCUGGGGUCGAUUGGUCGUACGGAGAACCCUCAGAGAUGCUGAGCUCUCUCCGCUAUGACCCGGACGGGCUGAUAGCGGGGGAGAGCGUGGGCGCGUACAUUAUCCGCCUGCCGUGCGGGCCACGAGACCAGUACCUGCGCAAGGAGGCGCUGUGGCCGUACGUGGACGAGUUUGUGGACGGGGCUCUCACGCACAUCAUGCAUAUGUCCAGGGAGCUGGCGGAUCAGAUCGGGGAUGGACAGCGCGUGUGGCCGUAUAUGAUCCACGGGCACUAUGCCGAUGCUGGGGACAUAGCAGCACUGCUCUCAGGUGCACUGAACGUGCCCAUGGUGUUAACAGGCCACUCUCUGGGCCGAAACAAGCUGGAGCAGCUGCUGAAGCAGGGCCGCAUGAGCCGCGCCGAGAUCAACACGCAGUACGCCAUCGACCGGCGCAUCGAAGCGGAGGAAUUUUCUCUCGACGCAGCAGAGCUGGUGGUGACGAGCACGCGGCAGGAGGUGGAGGAGCAGUGGGGGCUGUACGAUGGCUUUGAUGUGCGCCUGGAGAGGGUGCUGCGCGCCCGGCAGCUCCGAGGGGAGGUGGAGGAGCAGUGGGGGCUGUAUGAUGGCUUUGACGUGCGCCUGGAGAGGGUGCUGCGCGCCUGGCAGUUAAGGGGAGAGAUUGAGAAAAGGGAGGAGGAGGAGGAGGAGGAGGAGGAGGAGGAGGAGGAGGAGGAGGAGGAGGAGGAGGAGGAGGAGGAGGAGGAGGAGGAGGAGGAGGAGGAGGAGGAGGCCAGGAGAGGGGAAAAGGUCAUCCCCCCAGGAAUGGAUUUCUCCAAUGUGGUCGUCCCAGACAUCGACGGCUCUGAUUCGCCCGGGCCUGAGCCUCCCAUCUGGGCCGAGGUUCGCAAGUUCUGGUCCAACCUGCUCAAGCCCAACAUCCUGGUCCUCUCUGCUUCACUCCCUGUUCCAUGUGUGUUCCCCUCCUUUUCCCCCCCCCCAUCUAUCCCCCUCUCCCCUCCUGCCGUCCCUCCCCUUACCAGGUGCGCAAGUUCUGGUGCGCAAGUUCUGGUCCAACCUGCACAAGCCCAUCAUACUGGCCCUGGCCCGCCCCACCUGCCCCUCCUCCCUUGUUCCACCUUCCCACCCCCCUCACAUGUGUUCCUCCCCCGUUCGCUCUCCCCCUUCUCCCCCUCCCACAGUGUGCGCAAGUUCUGGUCCAACCCGCACAAGCCCAUCAUCCUCGCCCUGGCUCGUCCCGACCCCAAGAAGAAUCUCACCACGCUUGUGCGCGCCUUUGGGGAGAGCCAGGCUUUAAGGGACCUCGCCAACCUGUGCCUGGUGAUGGGCAAUCGAGACGACAUUGACGCCAUGAGUGCGGGCAACGCUGAGGUGCUGACGACAGUGCUGAAGCUGAUAGACAAGUACGACCCUGGGGUGCUGACAGCGGCGGGUGCUGAAGCUGAUAGACAACACUCGUGGACUCCCGGUGUGAUGUCUCAACCAGCUGACCUUUGUCAUCCCAAGCCUCUGCAACCCUCUUUUCCCGCCUCUCCUCUCCAGGGCGUGUUUGUGAACCCAGCGCUAGUGGAGCCAUUCGGCCUCACGCUCAUCGAGAUGGUAUUCUCUCCCUGUCGGCCUUCCCGUUUCCAUGGGGCCAUCUCUGUUCCAUUCCCCUUCUCUCUUUCAUCCUCCCACUCCCCUGCUGUCUCCCACUCGCCCUCCCCUCGCCAUUCCAACCCCUGCCUUCCCUCCCCUUCUUCUCAUCUCAUGCCUUUCUCCAUUCGCCAUAUUUCGCCCCUCUUCCAACACAUCACAGGCAGCAGCGCACGGCCUCCCCAUGGUGGCUACAAAGAACGGAGGCCCAGUGACAUCCAGAAGAUGCUGAGCAACGGGCCGGUGGUUAUAUCCGCUCCGCGUGAUGCUGAGCUACGGGCUGGUGGUGGAUCCCACGAUGCCAACGCCCUGAUGCUGAGCAACGGGCUGGUGGUGGACCCUCACGAUGCCAAUGCACUUUCAUCCGCGUUGCUACAGCUGGUGGCGGACAGGGCGCUGUGGACAGAUUGCCGCAAGUCAGCUCUGGCCAACAUUCACAAGUACUCCUGGCCGCAGGUGGGUGCAAAUGGGUGUAGGUGGGGUCUGGCCGCAGGUGGGUGGUCUGGCCGCAGGUGGUGCAUGGUCGGUUAUGUAGGCGCAUCAACAGAGUUUCCAGGCGCUGCUACAGCUGGUGGCGGAUGGGGCGCUGUGGACGAUGCCGCAAUCUGCUCUCGCCAACAUCCACAGGUUUUCGUGGCUGCAGGUGUAUCAUCACUCCCCUUCUCCCUUUCCCCCUUUCCUUCCCGCUUCUCCUCCCCUACCUCCCCCAACUCGACUCUCCGAAUUUCAUCUUUCUUCCCUUCUGCUCCACUUCACCCCUCGCCCCUUCCCCUCUCACCCCCCUCUUUUCCUACCCCUCCUCCCAAGCAGCACUGCGCCUCACUCCUGACCCGUGUGGCCCAGUCGCGUCUGCGCCACCCAGUGUGGAGGGCAGCAGCAGCACUCUUCGACCAGGUCGCUGCCUCUGCUACCGAGCAAUCCACAUCUCCUCUUCCCCUUCACCCCUUGCCCCUUAUUUCCAACAGCACUGCGCGUCACUCCUCACCCGAGUCGCCCAGUCGCGUCUGCGCCACCCAGUGUGGAGGGCAGCAGCACUCUUCGACCAGGUCGCUGCUGCCGCCUCUUCAGUCACCACUACCGGCCUCCAAUCCCUAUGACUUGUCCUCUUCCACUUCUCCAUUUCCCCCUCCCCACCACCCUCUACAGCACUGCGCCUCUCUGUUAACCCGAGUGGCCCAGUCGCGUCUGCGCCACCCAGUGUGGAGGGCAGCAGCACUCUUCGAUCAGGUCGCAGCCGCCACCUCCUCCACCCACCCCUCCACCGGCCUGCACUCCGAAUCCCUCCGGGACAUUCAAGACCUCUCCCUGCGCCUCUCCUUCGACGGCAAGUUCUGGGGCGGAGGGUCCUUCCAAGGAGGCUCUAUGGAUCUCUCUUUCAUGCUCGAUAACCUCGGGGUUAUCCGGCCCGACGGCCGGUCCGCUAGUGGUUACGCGGCUGAGCCUUCUCAUGCUGCUGCUGGUGGUUUUGGUGGUUCUGGUGGUCUUGGUGGGGGGGAGGGGCUGGGAGAAGGAGCAGCGUUGGGGAUUCACAACAGGCUGGGGAAUUACUCGUUUACUGGGGGUAUGGGGUCAGAGAGUGUUGGGCGGUACCGAGAAGGGGUGGGCGGGUCGGGGCGGCUGCAGGGGAUGCAGGAGGAAGGGGAGGACGGAGGAGCAGGAGGAGCAGGAGCAGGGGAGAAAGGGUCAGCAGCAGGAGCAGCAGCAGCAGCGGCUUUCGAGGGACUCCGGCUGAGAAGGAGGCGGCGGCUGAUCGUGGUUGCUGUGGAUGAAUAUGAUCCUGUUGGGCGGCGGGUUCGUCUGUUCUGGACUCUCUGUGCGCCGCCCUGGAGGUGGCAUACCGGCACAACACGGGAACGUUAA